AUGCUGGUUCCGUGUGGGUGAGUGUGGACAAGAUGGACCACAAAGUGACUCCGCAAACUCCGCAACAAGACCGUGCCGUGGACCACCAGAAAGGGAUGGAGAGUCUCCCAAUUACUCGACGAAUGCGGCGACAUGUGCUCGGUGACCACCCAGUAUCGAACUCCAAGGGGUGGGCCUGCCCUUGGCUUUAUGUAUGUAUGGAUCCAGGGACGACGGACUUUCGAUGCUGAUAUAUCAUGGUACCAUCCCGUUCUCCUCUGCCCCGUCCCAAGUCCAAGUUGAUCUCAAUCUCUUCCAUCACAUAUUCCAACGACCAAGUCCGAAACUUCACCCUUCGGAAUCUGUAGUCGAAAUUACCAUCAGACAUCCCAUCAUGGCGGACAAACCACACACAUCUCCUGUAGAGGAGAAGCCCUCGCCGGCAGGGAUCACAGUUACGAUUGAGACCACAACCACACCAAACGAUCCCAAUGGGAAGAAGUUCGGCCAUACCAGGCAGAACGACUCCGUCUCAUCCACCUUCUCCCAAGCUUCCGCCAUCUCCACAUCAUCGACCAACUCAGAAAAGCCCCUCAUCGUCAACGAGAAGCGUCUCACUUACCAGUCGACAUGUCCGACCAUCGUUGACCUUGAGGCCCAGACCGAGGAGGAUGAAUACAAGCAGAAGCCCCUGGGCCGUAUCCGAUACGCGAUCCUCACCAUCUACCGCCGGCUCUUCACUGUAGCCUUUAUGGGCAAUGCCAUUGCUUUUAUCAUCAUGAUGAUCAAGGGUGCCGCUCCCAUGGACCUGGUCAACGCUGCUGCUGUCAAUAUCGCUGUCUGCGGUCUGUGCCGUCAGCCCCUUGUCAUCAACGCCCUCUUCCUCAUCUUCGGAUCCAUCCCCAGAUCUGCCCCCAUUAGGAUCCGCCGCUUGGCGUGCAAGAUCUUCCAUUUUGGCGGCGUCCACAGCGGGACAGGUGUGGCAUCGGUCAUUUGGUACAUUGGCUUCGCCGCCGUCUUCACGUACAACUACACGCCAUCCGUCAUCAACACCACCGUCCUGACCUUUGUCUGGCUUGUACUGGGCUUCCUCCUCUCCAUCGUCAUUGUCGCCUACCCCACGUUCCGCAUGAGGUUGCACGACUACUUUGAGCUGACCCACCGCUUCGCAAACUGGAUUAUCCUCGUCCUAUUUUGGAUCCUGCUCAUCUUGUUGGGCAAGCAGGAGGCCAAUCUGGGUCACUUUCUCCUUCAUCUCCCCGCCUUCUGGAUCAUCAUCGUCCUCACGCUUGCCACCAUCCACCCGUGGCUGCUGCUCCGCAAGAUCCCCGUCAAGCCCGAGCCUCUCUCCGCCCACGCCAUCCGUCUUCACUUCAGCCACACCGAAGUCGUCUUUGGCCAGGGCAUCUCGGUCGCCAAGCACCCUCUCAAGGACUGGCACAGCUUCGCCUGCUUCACGGACAAGUUCGACACCCCCGACGCCAAGUUCUCGUGCAUUGUCUCCAAGGUCGGCGACUGGACCAAGUCCACCAUCAACGACCAGCCCACCCACCUCUGGAAGCGCGGCGUCCCCACUUACGGCUUCGGCUACGUGCUUCGCAUGUUCCCCAAGAUCAUCGUCGUCACCACCGGCUCCGGCAUUGGCCCCUGCCUCUCCUUCAUCGAGGAUGCCAACAGGCCCGAUAUGCGCGUCAUCUGGCAGACCAAGUCUCCCCUCAAGACUUAUGGCCAGCGCACCCUGGACCUCGUUCACAGGAUGGAUAGCAACCCCGUCAUUCUUGACACCUCCAUCACCGGUCGCGUGGACAUGCUGCCUAUCGUUCUCCGGCUCUUCAAGGAGUUCAACGCCGAGGCAGUGUGCUGCAUCAGCAACCCCAUGAUGACCAAGAAAAUCGUGCAUGGGUGCGAGAUGCGAGGCAUUCCGGCCUAUGGCCCCAUCUUUGACAGUUGAGCUGGCUCUUUCACUGUCUUUCUUUUUUUUUUCUUCUGGUUGAGUUUUUGUUGUUUUGUGUACAGAAUUUUUGUUGUCGUUAUCUUUAUUGCAAAUUGGAUACUAAGCGCGGCGCAAAAAAAGACAAAAGGCGUAAUAUUUUUGGAUGUUUUUAUAACCACGAACGGAAACGCGGCGGGUUCGAACGUUACGAAAGACAAGAAGACCAUGACUUCCACUUACAUAUCAUGAUGACAUAUACCACACACGAUCGUUAUAUGGGUUGGUCGGUUGGUUGGGGUUCCUAAAGAAGGAAAGGAACAGACAGGCCUCGGGACUAUACUAGAUACCACCUUAGAGAUAUACCUCAUUAAUACAAGACCAAAAAAGGUCGUCACGAUCUUUUGAACAAAAUACCACAUA